CUUCCGGCGGUGUGACCCCUGAGUGUUCCCGCACGUUGAGAAGGCAUGUCGUCUCUAUCUGAGCUGCCCCUGGAAACCUCUCUCAGCGGAGCCAGGAACCCGGGCGAAGAGGAGGACGAAGAUGACGAGGAGCUGGAUGAGACGUUAUCAGAAAGGUUAUGGGGUCUGACAGAGAUGUUUCCAGACAGUCUACGGAGUGCUGCCGGAGUGACACUUGACUUCUCCGUUGGCGCUGCCAAAAAAUGUUAUAGCUUUUCACGCUCUGCGCUAUGGAUAGGAACCACCUCAUUCAUGAUUCUAGUAUUACCAGUGGUGUUUGAGAUAGAAAAGCUGCAGAUGGAGCAGCAGCAACAGCUACAACAGAGACAGAUUCUUCUAGGACCGUCCGCAGGGAUGUCUGGUUCUCUCCCACCGCUCCCUGGGAAAGUAUAAUUUCCACAACCUUAGUCAUUUUGAGAUUAUUAUUUUUUCCCUUUCCUUUUGAUAACUGUGAGAACAAGAAAGUAAAAGAAGACUGAUUUCUCCUCAGCCACCCGCCUCUUUUGGUGCUCUGCAUGGCCUCUGUUCACCAGUCCAGAGUGCCAUCAUCUGAGAAAAUGAAGAUCUACAGUUCUUGAUCAUGCCUGUAAUUGAGAAAUGUUGGGAGAACUUUUCGUAGCAUGACAUGCCAUACUUGGGGAUUUUUUUGUAACUGUUGCACUCCAAUGUAGUCAUUCCUUUAUGCAACAUUUAUGUUAUGAAAGGUCAUAUGCUGUAUAUAGAUUUUAUGAAGGUGCCUUUCACUUCUUCAAGGCGUAAAUAUUUUAUUGUUUUUCCCUCAAAUCAUCUGUAUUAGAAUGGAACAUAAAUGUGAAAAACAAUUUGGCAACAGGCAGUGUUGUCCCCGACAUACGACUGUACAAUGACAUGUAUUCUGUGCCUGUUGACAACAAAAUCUCCCGUGGUUUGUUUUGUCCAAGUGCUUAUCCCACCACAACAGGCCCACAAAGAGGAGGUUAAAGCCACUAGUGUAUAACUGCAGUAACAUCUUCAGUCUGCAGGAGUUUUACCUGGAGAGACCAUUUUGUUAUAAUUUCAUGCUUUUGUGUUUUCAGUUUUAUUUUUGACAAUAUUAAAUCUAAAAAGGA